AUGUUGCUGCUUGGACGCUGUUUGCCACCCGGCUCAGGCCUUCCGCGACACUCCACCCGCCAAGGAAACACAAAGCUUGCCGCGCCCGCGCAAGGGUGGCCGCGACAUCAUACACCUGCCGUGCAAUGCACACGAGGGCAUAGCCACAUAACCACGGGUACAAUGACCAGCGUCGAUGACAUAUUCAAGAACGCGGGGCUUCAGAACAAACGCAAGCUCGAUGCCGUGCGCGACCCAAACGAAAUAUACAAAUCAAGUCGGUUGUCAACUGAUGGUGAUUCGAGGCGGCGCGCACGAGUCGAAGACGACCAGGUUGAAGACGGCGGCGACCAGGAUUUCGGGCCUGAGUUACCACCCGACGACGACGGCGGUGAAGACGAAGAGGGACGCUUUUUCGGAGGCGGCAUUAGCAAACAAGAAUCGCAGAUCCUUGACUAUGUCGAUGACGCAGAUGCUGGCGCUGUGCCAGAGCAGAUUGACGCCGGGUGGCUGCGCAAGACGGCCCUCAACUUCGAAAAGCACAUCACCAAAAACGCCGAGCUGCGAGCCAAAUUCGACAGCGAGCCUCAGAAAUUCAUUGGAAGCGAAGCAGACCUAGACUCAGAUAUCAAGAGCCUCUCAAUUCUGGCCGAACAUCCCGAACUAUACACUGAAUUCGUGAAACUUGGCUGCACUGGCAGUCUUGUUGGCCUGCUGGCGCACGAGAACACAGAUAUUGCCAUUGAUGCUAUCGAGAUCAUCGGCGAGCUCACCGACGAAGACGUAGCCGCAGGAGACGAGCAAUGGGGUGCUUUGGUAGAUGCCCUUAUGGACGCUGACCUGCUCGACCUUCUCGUAUCUAACUUCUCACGACUCGACGAAGCUGACGAAUCCGACCGAAACGGCGUUUACUACGCGCUUGGGAUACUGGAGAACUUUUGCUCCAGGAGCCAAGUAGCCGUUCGGAUAGGCAACGAAAAACGUCUCAUACAAUGGCUCAUCCAGCGCAUCCAACACAAAGAAACCAAUGUGACACAAAACAAGCAAUAUGCCACCGAGAUCCUUGCGAUUGUGGCGCAAGCCUCAGAAAACAGCAGAAAAGCCCUCGCUGAGGCCGAUGCAGUAGAAAGUGUCCUUCAGCUUGUCGCCCAGUAUCGCAGACGAGAUCCCGACAAAAGUGGCGAGGAAGAAGAAUAUAUGGAGAACUUAUUUGAGGCCUUGACAUGCAUCGUCGAUUCAGAUGCUGGCAAAAAAGGCAAAAAGGCCAAGCCGCCAGCGAUACGCCUGCUCGACCACGCUGCUUCUGGUAUCGGUGGCAUUGAUGUCUGCAACAAGAUUGUCGACGCCGGAGGGCUGAAGUCGCUCUUCACUGCCUUUAUGAAGACGCAAGAGCACCGCCUCAUCGAUCAUUUUGUUAGUAUAUUCGCAAACAUGCUGCGGCGUUUCCCGACCGAGUCUGGAGAGCGCAUUCGAACUCUCGCCAAGUUUGUGGAAAAGAGCUACGAAAAGACUGCCAAGCUGGUCAAGCUCUUCCAAGACUACGAAGCCAGAGUUUCUGCUGGCAUGCUGCAGGCCAAGAUCAACUUGCCGCAGGACAGCAGUGAUGAAGAGCAAAAGUACGAGAUACUCGCCGCCAGACUCGAUAACGGAUUGUUCACGUUGCAGUUAAUUGCUGUCGUCCUGGCAUGGCUUGUAGCGGAGGAUAAGGGCGCAAAGCAGCAUAUCAAGAAGCUAUUAGCAGGACGUGAUGAAGAUUUAGGCUCCUUGCGAUCGCUAAUGCAGGAGCAGCAAGAAGGACUUGACACUAGCGAGGAGGAUAACAAAGACUUGAGUGAUAUGUUGGGUGCGCUAAUAGAGCUUCUUGAAUAG